GUGUGUGUGUGUGUCAGCAGCGCUGGAGGUCUAAGAUCCCCCCCAGCAUGCUCUGGGUGUCGUUCCUGUGUGGUGGCGUGGUCACCAGGGCGGCGCUGCGUCUGCUGCUGGUGAUUCUGUGUCUGCUCAUCACGCUGCUCAUGGGAGUGCUCAACAUAGUUUUUAUACCAGGCGAUGACUGCUUAAAUGUUUCCCACAAUGCAACAGAAUUGAACAACCUGAAUCUCUACACUGUCCCGUAUUAUCUGUACUGCUGUCUGUUGGCGAUGCUGGGUGUGAUGGUGUUCGUGCGUGUGUGUGUGUCUGUGAAAGUCUUCCUCCUGACGCUAGCGCUAGUGGUUUAUCUAGCGCUCUUCUUGCACGUGUAUGCGCCGCGCUCCGACUGCUACGUCAAACAGCUCUACAACGACAGCCCACCGGGAGUUCUUAAGGAGCCCAAGAUCAUGUCCGGCAUUUGGCUGGUCAUUUUCUACUUGACUUCCCUUGUUCUUGUGCGACAGGACGAGCUGGGCUCUCGCACAGAGUUCCUGCUGGAGAAGUGUUUUAUUAAGGAGACGGAGGAGAUGGAGACGACCAAGAACGUGAACAGACUCCUCUUGCAGAAUCUGCUGCCGGGACACGUCACCGAGUUCUUCAUCGGCAAGGACGUCCCAAACCAGGACUUGUACAGCAAGUCGUGCGAGUGUGUGUGCGUCAUGUUCGCGUCCGUGCCGCAGUUCUACAAAGAGUUUUACAACGAGAGCAGCGUCAACAACAACGGGCUGGAGUGUCUUCGCUUCCUCAACGAGAUCAUCUCUGACUUUGACGAGCUCCUUAACAAGCCAAAAUUCAGCGCGGUAGAAAAGAUCAAGACCAUCGGGAGCACUUACAUGGCGGCGGCCGGCCUGACCAAUCCUGCCAAAAACGAGGAGCAACUAGCCUGCGACGUGUCGUACAAUCACAUCCGCAGCAUGUUGGACUUCGCCAUCGCUCUGAUGGGGAAACUGGAAAACAUCAACAGACACUCCUUCAACAGCUUCAAACUGAGGAUCGGGAUAAACCACGGGCCUGUGAUCGCGGGCGUUAUCGGCGCUCAUAAACCUCAGUAUGACAUCUGGGGAAACACGGUCAACGUGGCCAGCCGAAUGGACAGCACUGGAGUCCUGGAUAAAAUACAGGUGACGGAGGAAACCGCUCAUGUGGCGCAAAAUUUGGGCUUUGAUGUCACUCUGAGAGGAGUGGUCAACGUCAAGGGCAAAGGUCAACUGACCACAUACUUCAUCGUCACGGAGCAAACGCUGAAGUCCUGACAACACGGACCACGUUCUCAGUGAAGGCUUGAAACAUCAAUCUCACACGUCAUAGCUAAGCGAGUGUUCCACUAAGGUCCUUUACGGCAGGUGUUUUCACAUCGGAGUGCGCAAAGGAGUGCCAGUGGGCCCUUAGAAAAGUUUACAGGAAAACAAUGUCAAUUUUUUUUUUUUUU